CUUCUGCCUAGCAGCAGCUAGCAAGUUCGCUUCACGCUUCCCCAUCGCUAGCUUCGUCGUUCAACUCGAAACACCCCGCAGCCGCUGGUCAUCGUCCGAGGCUUUACGCAGCAAGCCGCGCGUUCAAAAGCUCUCAGUUCAACGGUGGAACUUUUGCAACCAAAGCGCGCGCCUCACAUCAGCCAGUGAUCGUGACGUAGUUAUUGACAAAUCUUUAUUUCGCUUUGCGCUGCAUUUGAUGCCACGCGCUGUCUGCACAGGUCUCCUGCCGCAAAGGACUCUCUUUGGAGUGCGCGAGGACACGUCACAAUGAAAGGGACGCAGGGAGAGCAGGAGGGAUGAGAAAGCGAUUCAAGUGAAAGAAGUCUCGCAUCACCAUAAAGUGCCUCAUCUGGAUGCUGCAGAAGCCCUUCUCUGUGUCCGCUUUGGAGCGCUCUCUUCUCCGCUGACUUGAGCGUGUGCGUUUGCGCUUGGCCUUGGCUUGGGUUAUAUUUCACCCUGUUCCUCAAUUCCAGCUCCGCCUGCUCACCAUUUCACCUUUUAAUACAAGGACGCCAGUCGAUUAGUUUCCCUUUUGGGGUUCAAAGUGUCUCUGUCUUCACUUUUGCAGUCUCUCCAUCCCUGGCGAUCCAGACAUGCGAGUAUCUUUAGGGACUGCUACGUCUAUGGCAACAGGGCAGGGGGUUUCGGAAGCCUAAAUUUAGAGAAAGUCCGUUUUACAUCAAUGCAAGAAGGCUAUUUUAAAACCAGAGCUCCAGUGGGUGAGUCUAGACAGUGGGGCGACCACUGCAGACAAAUACAAAGUGCCGCUCUACUCUACUUUUAAUGCCUCGUUUUCCUGGACGGCAGCCGAAGAUGCACCGCAGCAUGUCACAUUGACCUACUCCACCUCAGCACGCUCGAUUCAUCACUCUGUCUACCUGACUUUAAACUGAUCUCAUAUUCUCGUCAUACUUCCUCACUGGCUGAUCAGCAGACUAUGCCCCCUUCUAGACUGGUAGUCUAAGGAUCUCCUUGCCCCAGUGCUAAUAUUUUGCAGCUUUUGUGCUACAUCACGCCUGGCUGCCCCACCCCAGCCCUCCGUUCACCCACUGCUUGCCGAGGGAUCGCCAUGGCCGUCAAUGUGUCCAUGGGUCGCGACACCAAGUGGCUGACGCUGGAGGUGUGCAGAGAGUUCCAGAGAGGAACCUGCUCACGUUCGGACAACGAAUGCAAGUUCGCUCACCCCUCUCGCACCUGCCACGUGGAGAACGGCCGCGUCAUCGCCUGUUUCGACUCACUCAAGGGUCGCUGUACACGUGAUAACUGUAAGUACCUGCAUCCUCCGCCUCAUCUCAAGACCCAGCUGGAGAUAAAUGGCAGGAACAACCUGAUCCAGCAGAAGACCGCAGCCGCCAUGCUGGCCCAGCAGAUGCAGUUCAUGAUGCCUGGAACUCAGCUGCAGCCCAUAACAUCGUUCCCGGUAACGCAUUCCUUGGCCAACAGUCCAAGCAUGGCUUUCGGCCCGUACCUGAGCCACAUGAGCCCGGGCAUCAGUCUCAUGCCCGAACUUCUGCCCAGCGCCCCCGUGCUGGUCCCGGGGAGCCCCACCGGCAUCGCCAUGGGCAACGGAAAUUCAACGCAGAAGCAUGUUCGCACAGACAAGCUUGAGGUGUGUCGAGAAUUCCAGCGGGGCAACUGCACACGCGGGGAGAACGACUGCCGCUAUGCUCACCCGAUGGAAGCCGCCAUGGUGGACGGCAGUGAGAACUCCGUCAUUGUUUGCAUGGAUUACAUCAAGGGCCGAUGCACCCGUGACAAAUGCAAGUACUUUCACCCUCCAGCUCACUUACAGGCCCGGAUAAAGGCGGCGCAGCACCAAGCCAGCCAGAAUGCUGCGGCCAUGGCUUUGCCACCAGGAGCCAUGCAACCAAAGAGACCGACCCUGGAGAAGACUAACGGUGCGGCUGCCAUCUUCAACCCCAGCAUGUUCCACUACCAGCAGGCUUUGGCCAGCAUGCAGCUGCAGCAGCAGCCAGCGUUCAUUCCCACAGACGCCGCCGAGGUACUGAGCGCCGACCCCAUCGACCUCCAGUGCGUUCCCAUGGAGGCCCAUUUCUGUCCCGUUCCUAAACUCCUGGUGGCUGCACCAAUGACGCUGAAUCCAGUAAGCCUCUCCCACAAUCCCACAACCUAAUCAGGCCCAUCUCUCAUGCAACAUGUGCCCAAACAACAGAAAAAUGAAUGCAACAAAACGUGUGCCUAAUCUGUACAUCCUUAACGGGCAAUACAUUCAUCCUCAUAUCAGAGAUUCUCACUUCAUUUGACGUCAACAGAGGUUUGUUGAUAUUGAAACAGGCAAUACUUAAGCUUGGACCUACAACUGUUUAAGGAAGCAUGCCAUCUCGAUGCAAGGAGCAGGCGGAUGCUGAAUCAGGAGAUGGAGCGCUCUCGUAACUCACAGCCAUAUGAAUACAUGCAAACCAAUUAGCUGAGAAGAGUGAAUUCUCUUGAGGUGAACAUUAGAUUUCAGAGCCGACUCGUUUGAUGUACGGUAAGAGGUGGAGUCGUUGCGGAUCAUCAGCAGAAUGUUUCUCCGUCGUAGAAUGUGAAAACCCAGAGUGUGUGAGAGCGACACCUAAAGAAAUUUUACAUUGUGUUGGUGGUGGUGGGAAUUUCUUUCACAUUUAAUUAUGAUUGAUGAACAUGGCAUGUUUUAUUUCAUGUUUGCAUUUCAAAAUGUCAAAAAAUGAGUGACACUUUUGUAAGAUAAUCUGAUACUGAUUCUCAUGAUAACUGAUUUAGGUUUUUCGUUAAGAGGUUUUCAAAAUGUCGUUGUUCUGAAGUGUGUGGACGUCUUUCCCCCCCCCCCCCAGUUCUUCUGUACUCAGCUGACUCACAUUUUAUCAUAGACUAAGAAAGUAUACCUGUGUAGCCUUUCAGAAUCAAUGUGUCGUUCCUCCAUCAACUUAGGGAUGUAUGUUGUUGUGAGUUUUUCUUGAAAGAGUAUUAUUUGUUUAAUGACUUUCCAACAGGCUAAAACUGGUCUAUUGAGAUAAGUGUUACUAUUCAUGCCUGAAGUAUCUCACCUCGCAUUUCAAGCUCCACAUCGAGAUCUCACAUCUCACAUACUCAUACCUGCAUUUUAAAAAUAGAACUGCCUUAAGCAGACUAAAUGUGAGCACUUCCUGUUGCGCAGUGUGAUGCACACUGAAAUUUAAGGUCUGAUUGCAGGCCUUCAGGAUGUAUAUCUCGUUGAGAACAUUUUAACUGGACUUUAUUUUUAUUCCAGCUGGAAUGUUUCUUGCAAAUAUUUCUUAUUGUCUGAUGUCCUGGAUAUUCAAAUGAUUUAAAAGAAAUAGUAAUGCUUAUUUACUUUGUAGAAUAUAUAUUUCCUUUGUAGAAUAUAUAUGUCCUUUUUUUUUUAGUCAUUAGGUGAAUUUCAUCAAAAAGUCAUAUUCCCAGUCAUAUUUCAUGCCAAAAGCAGACAAAAAAAACUAUUAUGAUAAUUAAGCAGUCCUAUUGUCAUUACCAUAAUACAACAAAUCUCAAUUUUAUCACUGUAAUGUGCAAUAAAUAACUACAUAAUUACAAAGAAAUAUUUUUUUAAGUAUCACGGUUACAUUUGUUCUAAUCCUGUUGUUAACAAAAUAUAAUACUAAAAGCAAUUAUAUUACAAAAAAGAGAAAAAUUUUAAAGUAGUAAAAAAUGUUGUAGUAGUGAAAAUUAUAGAGGAUAAAAACAAAUGCAAUUUCUCCAAUGCAAAAACAUAUGCAUUACGGAAACCUAGUUUAAUUGUCAUGAAAAUUUAAAAAGAGGGAGAUGCAAAACCGAAUUUUCAUCGUUUUGAUUUUGGUGUGAAAUGUGACAUUUUCAUAAGAUUCACCCUAUUGCUAUGUCUGUCUCUUGUAGACAAACCCCUUCUGAUGGCUGGACUGUCUCUGCCCAAAUCCAUGCUCUGCCCCACCUGCUGUGUGACAGUCUGUUCGUCUCUUUUUGUUCAGCCAUGAUUGGUUCAUCCCUGAUUACUCUAAGAUCAGUUUUCAGUGUCCAUUAGUUGACAAAAUGAUUCUUUAAAUUCCAUGCUUAGUGUUUUACACACUUAUAUUUAUAACAGAUUGGCACACAUAUGUUAAAUCCCGAUUAUUAAAUUACAAGAUAUGCAAAAUCCUUUCUAGAAGUCUCAGACUGGUACCUGAUUUGAAUAUCCAGCGACUCUCCCAUUAGUUUGCUGUAUUCAGCAGCAUAUGCGACCCCCUUCGCAGACGUGUCAAGUGCACUGCUUUAGUGCCAGUGACUUCCAGACAGGUCGCCUUGUGCCAAUCACUGGAGAUCUCAGACUGCACAAUCAGGCCUUGACAUGCCAAGGUCAUGAGCCAGAUGGAUUCAAAUUGCAAUAUUGCAAAUGUGCCCACCCAAGCGACAAAUCUAAACCUAUUGGAGCAAGCUAUUAUCUUGUGCUUUGUUUUGAAACAUCUCCGUUAUCGCCCCCGUUCAUUAGGCGAGUCCUACAGUUGGGAAACUGACAGUAGGGUGGUUUCCAGCAGCUGUUUUUAUUACUGCAUCAGUGUGCAACCGCUAAUAGAGUUCCAGUCUGUGCCAACCAAGAGCUCUAUUAGAUUAUUGCCGUAAUACAUUAUUGAUAGUUUAUCCAUGGAGGAAACAUGAAAAACUGUGUCAGAUGGAUGAUACAAAGAGGUCUGCAAUCCAUUAGUGGAGUUUCUUUGCCCAUUUUGACUUUGAGAUAGACGGCCGAUUGAACUCUAUAAGUUGUUCUUGUGUUUGUUGUGUUCAUGUGCGAACAGGUUUAAAUCACUGACUGUGUCCUUACUUUCACAAGUCGGCAGACUCUAAAAUGCAAGGGCGUAGAUGACCGUGUGACAUCUGAAUAUUUGGACUGUGAGCCGAAAGCUACGGCUCUCGUGUAGACAUGUUACAAUUAAAGGAAAAAUUUUGAUUCUUUUCAGACUGGGUACUUAGAGAAGGCCCUCAUCAGCCAAAGCUUCAUUUACGAACCCCAUCCGUGGGCCUUUACAUGCAUAUAUGAAUGUGACAUUUAAGACAGCGAGAAUGUCACGAGAGGUUUUGGAUGCCUGUCUCACCAUUUCUCUCGAAAAAAAACCUACAACCUUUCUCAACAUAUCAAGGAAGUGAAAGCCUCCCAAUGCCAUCCCACUGUUGAUGUACAAAAAGAGACAGAAAAAGCGUUUUUCAUCACUUAUCUCAAAGACCCUUCUCUAAACUAUUGUCUCCUUUGGGACAGCCAUGUUGUUUCAAUGGCGCAACCCCAAGAGAGAGAGUCAUAAAGCUGAUUUUAUGACCUAAAAACAUCAUUGCAACUUUUUUUUCUGACCAGCACACACACUAUGUAGGCCAAACACAAGUUAAAUGAUAUCAU